CUAUACUCUUUCAGCAUAUAUCUGAUUCUCAUCGAAAAUAAGAAAUGGAAUUGUUUAUUACUCAUCAUCAUGAGCACGUUAACACAAAAUUAUAUUAAAAAUUAUAACAUGAGUUGUAGAUAAUAUAUUAGCUACUCCGUUUGGGGGCAAAUCGAGUGUUACACAUGCAUGUGUUCCCUAACCAAACUUCGAGGAGACGUUUCGGAGCGUCAGCUGUUUAUCAGCCUGUGAACUGGACCAGUUGGUUGUGGUCGAGGGUUACUAAAGGAAAUGGCGAGUCACACAUUGUGGAAGUCUCUACGUAUAUUUAAGUACAACAGGUGUAUUCCUUGCAUUAUAACUUGUCCUUUCGUCAAUAAACAAACAAUUCAAGUGCAAGUGACACCGAAGUGGUUUAACCUAAAUGGGAAUACCUAUUGUGAUGUGGUUUCAGAAGAACCCAAGAAGCGAAAUAAUAAGAGGAAGAUAUUCAUUCCGAAAAUUACUCUUCUCUCGGAGACCAAUGAUAUGACAGUGAUGACUCUCCAGGAGGCGGAGAAACUGGCGAGGAGACGAGAUCUGAAGCUCGUGAAGGUCGUUGAUGUUGACACGAGAACGGAGAGACUUGUCUACAGGCUUAUGAAGAUACAGGAUUUCAUGAAGGAGGAUGCAAAGGCAAAAGCUGAGGCCAAGGAGGUUAAGGACAAGGUGUUAAAGGAGGACAAGACGAUAGCUAUAUCCGGAAAAAUCGCUGAUCAUGAUCUCAAUACGAAGAUGAAGAGCAUACAUAAAAUGCUGCGAAAGAGGUACGGGGUACGGGUGCUGGUGGCUGCAGAUGGAAAUCUGGAUAAAGCU